AUGCCUGGCCCAAUUCGCUCUUCUAGAUCCUCUAUUCGGUCCUCUUCCAGGUUUUCUUCUUCUUUAAGGUCCUCUUUUCUUAGACCCUUUCCCAGAUCACCUUAUGAGCAGAAUAAUGAAAUAUUUCAAGAAGCUUAUAGACAGGAUACUCUUAUUCUUUAUCAGCAAAUACGUGUUCUUGAAGAUCAUAUUCAAGCCUUAACGUGA